CACAACUAACGUCACGCGAUAUGUUCCGACGUCAGUAGUCUCCUCCCACUCGCGCAGCGCGCACAUUCCUUUUGUCCAAGAUGGCGGAAUAGAUGUAGCUGAGGGGACGCUAAUGUUUGCUGUUUUAUGUUUAUCUGCGAAAUUCAACAUCCAGGCGAACGGUUUCCCUUGCAGACGUUAGUUAAGACCCUCCUCACGGAUGUGCAAAAUCUCCCGGAGCCGUGAGAUUUCACCUCGGAGCUGAUUUUAUAUAUUUUUGCGGCGGGAGCAUCACUGUAAAAUGAAGCGGCAGGCCGAGCGCGACGCGAGUCCGUCCAGAACGCUCGCCAAACGCGUCCGCGAGCGGGACCGAGAGCGCGAACCGAACCCGCCCCUCGCGCUGCUGCUCGCCGAGAGCCGAGCUUAUCACAAACGAAGCCGCAGCCGAGAGCGGGAAAAACCGCGCGUCCGUGAGGAGAGAGAGAGUCUGCAUCACCGCCCGCAUCAUGAACUGGGUCUGCUGGGUCGAUCCCCUCUCCGAACCACCUCAGUCCUGCCUAAAGGUAAGACCCCAUCCGCAGACACGGUGGGAGCGCGACUAGAAUACAAGACACUACUUAUCAGCAACCUUGGAUCGCAGCUUUCUGAUGAGCAUGUAGAGGACGGACUGUUUCAUGAGUUUAAAAAGUUCGGGGAUGUGAGCAUCAAGCUGUCUCACACGCCAGAACUGGGUCGCAUUGCCUAUGUCAACUUCAGACACACGGAAAACGCGCGGGAAGCGCGUCAUGCCAAAACCAGAUUGGUGCUAUAUGAUCGUCCACUCAAAGUUGAGCCCAUGUACAUGCGGCGUCGCAGUGUCACUCCUCCAGAUGUGAGUUAUGUGUCUCUGCACAGUGCUGCCUACACUUACAGGCAGCGGUCUCUUUCACCGGGCGCUGGGAGUAGUGCCUUUCGAGAUAUGAGACCCAGGAAUUACGUUGAAGGUAUGGGACUCAGCAGGGACCGCGUUUUGGACUAUUAUAGCGCAUUGGAGGAGAGAAGCCGUGCCUAUGCAUAUCAGCUUCCUGAGGAGGACUUAAAACCAGAGGACGAUCAGAGAGCCACAAGGAAUUUGUUCAUUGGCAACUUGGAUCAUAACAUUUCUGAGGUGGAACUACGACAAGGAUUUGACAAGUAUGGAAUUAUUGAAGAAGUCAUUAUUAAGCGGCCCGCUCGUGGACAAGGAGGUGCUUAUGCUUUUCUUAAAUUUCAAAACUUGGAUAUGGCUCACCGGGCCAAAGUGGCCAUGCAGGGACGUAUGAUUAACGGCAACCCGAUUAAGAUCGGAUACGGGAAGGCCAAUCCGACGACUCGGCUAUGGGUGGGUGGACUUGGCCCGAACACCUCGCUGGCUGCUUUAGCCCGUGAAUUUGAUCGCUUUGGGAGUAUUCGCACCAUAGACUAUGUGAAAGGAGAUAAUUUUGCUUACAUUCAUUACGAGAGCCUGGAUGCAGCCCAGGCUGCUUGUGCGCAAAUGCGCGGCUUCCCUCUGGGCGGUCCGAAUCGUCGGCUGCGUGUGGAUUUUGCUAAAGCUGAGGAGACUAGGGCGUACCCUCAACAAUACCAGCCGCCUUUGCUCCCGCCUCCACAUUACGAUCUUCUAGCUGAUGGUUACGGACGCCAUCACAGCCUGGAGCGAGAACUGAGAGCGAGGGCUCGCUCACCCUCACACCCCCUGUUCGUGGAGCGAGAAAGAGAGCGGCUUUCGGACCGAGACUGGAGUCCGCCUAAAGGAAUUGAACGGCGAGCAAACCCGGAGGCGUUUGGGCGGGUCAGGCAGCGCAGUCGUAGCCGCAGCAGGGAGCGCUGGGUAAAGGAACGAGAGCUAGAACGCGGGAAAAACUGGGAGGAGCGGCGCAAGCGAAGGAGCCUCAGUCCCGUCGACUGUCCUGCAGAGGAACGCGGUAGGUCAAAGCUCAGAGGCGGAGCACCGUCUACUCCUGAAGACAGCCCGGAUAGGGGUUGCGGCCGUCUACCGGACUCCACCUCAGAACCUCUUGAUCACACCCCUGACAUCAGCAGACACUCCAGCGAUGAACGUCCUGCGCAGGACGAACCUUUGCAUCCAAGGAAGGAGGAGCGCGAUCGCAAUCACCGCAAAAGCGAGAGCGACCCUGACUCACAGACGGACAAGUCCAAAACAGACUCCAAAAAGCCCAGCACGCUCUCCGAAUACGCCCAGACAUUGAGUCGCGUGUGGCACGGUUCUCUCGUUCUUAAAAACAGCUGCUUCCCCACAAACAUGCACAUGCUUGAGGGGGGCGUGAACUUUCUCCUCGCCCUCAUGAAAGACAACCAAUCAGGCGGUUCCAAGAUCACGCAGCUUAAAAUCGCUCAGCGGCUGAGGUUGGAUCAGCCCAAACUGGACGAGGUGACGCGACGCAUCAAGUUAGGCAGCCCGGAUGGCUACGCUGUCCUCCUCGCCGUCCAGGGGCCCAUGGACCGCGAUGCCCCUCCUCCAGAACCGGGCCUUCAACAGCGCCUUCUCCGCAACCUGGUGACGUACCUCAGGAACAAGCAGGCAGCAGGAGUCAUCGGCUUGCCCCUUGGCGGCCCCAAAGAACGAGAGAUGGGGGGCAUGCUGUAUGCCUUUCCUCCAUGUGACUUCUCACAGCAGUAUCUCCAGACUGCUCUGAAAACUCUUGGGAAACUUGAGGAGGACCACCUGGUCAUCGUGGUUGUUAGAGACUCACCUUAACACUUCAAUUCCAACUCUAGAACGUUCCACACAGAUUGUAUGCCUUUUUAUGAUUUUAGGAUGGAUGUACCUUUUUACUUUAAUACUCCCACAUUUGAUCAGCGUUUUCUUAACGUUUUGGAAAUUGAAUAGCAUCCCCAGAGAAAUUGUUUUAUAAACUUGCAAAUGAGUUUCCCGCCAAGGGGUUUUAAAUUUCUCUCAGCAGUGUUCAACAUUUUCAGUUUUAUUCUAUUUAAAAAUGUUUUAUAUAAUUGCAUGCACAAGCAAUUUGACUGAAGUCCCCUUCCGGUGGUUCGCUAUAAUGGGCGUAAAAGAUCCUGGACCUCAUUUUUAAAACUCUAAUUUGUGUGAAUUGCUCAAAUCCAUUCGUCAUUGAACUGUCGCAUUCAGUACACUCAUUAAGGUCUGUUGAUGGAAAUUCAAGUAUAAUAAUUUGUUAGUGGCUUUUUACUCCAUAACACAUACAGUAACAGUUCUUCCCUUCCAUGUUACAUCCGCUGUCCGUUUCACAAACCCUAGAUGUUUUAUUUUGUUUCUCAGAAAUAAAACAGUACUUGGCAUGGCAGUAUGUUCAGUUCAGGUGAGGCGUUUGCGUCAUAACUGACGGCAUCUACCUCUUUAAUCAUGUAACACAUCAGGUAUGCUUGACAAAAUGAAGUUAGUCUUUGAGCCCACUGCAUUUUUAUUGUAGUUUGUUACAAAUAUGCACCUGCAGCACUAACAGAAAGGUCAUGUGGCCAUACGAGUACUGUACUGAUCCAGACACACUAAUGUUUGUAAGCUUUACGAACACUACACUACUUUAAGCUUGUGUGACUGUUUGUUUGUACGCAGGAAUGUAUUCUUAAGCCUUAGCUGUUUUUCAACUGCCCUCCACUGAAUGACUAUUUGCCAAGUCAUUUUAACCCAUUGAGCCAACACGUUUUAAACAAGUGCUUCUCUAAAAUGUCCAGAGAUUUGAAGCUCAUAAUAAUGUAUGAGCCAGAAACAAGUGUUAUUUUCAGAUUUUAGUUAAUGAUGGAGUUUGAAAGUCCACCCGCCAACACUACAACCCUUUGCACUGAACAGUAAUUUUCCAUUGUUCAUUUUUAAUCAUGUUGUUGUUUUACCCUUCUUUUAUCACUCCUUUUUUGUAAUACUUUUUUUUUUCUUGAAAUCUGUAUGCAAAACAUGUAUGGCAUAUAAAAAAGUAAACAUUUCAUGUGCUUGUUUUUAAAUCGUACCGCCAUCAUUAUUUGCAAAACUGCAUUCAAUGUUCAAUGUCAGGAUUUUUUUAUCGCCGAGCAUAAAUCCUGUCUCCAUGGUUACCUUUCCAUCUCAGUCCUGCCUACAAAAAAGUUGAAGGUUAAAGUGGUAACCAAGCAACCACAUCCAACAUUUAAAAAAAAAAAAAAGAUUCCAGAGUUCAAAUGAGGCUUGACUGUGAAGUAGCUUAGAGUAACCACUAGGUGACAGUAUGGUCAAAGAAAAAACAACCUUAACUCAACAUAUAAAACCAGCGAAUUCCUGCUG